AUGAGCGCGUUGCUCGAGUUCAAAUCCUACAUAACUGAAGACUAUUUAGCAAUCUUGGAUUCUAGGAAUGGUUCUUCACAUUUCUGCCAUUGGCCUGGAGUUACAUGCGGCAUCAAACACCAAAGAGUAACUCACUUGAAUCUGAAAGGCAAGAGGUUAGCAGGAAGCAUUUCACCUCAUAUUGGAAAUCUUUCCUUCCUAAACUCUCUUGAUCUUUCAGACAACUCUUUCCGAGGAGAAAUUUCUCAUGAAGUGAGUAAUCUCUUCAGACUUCAGAACUUAAACAUGAGCUACAAUUUUCUUGGAGGUGAAGAAGUGCCAUCUAACUUGUCUCAGUGCUCCAAACUUGUGACCAUUGCACUAGACCAUAACUCUCAGGUGGGGCAGAUUCCUUCUGAACUGGGAUCACUUCCAGAGCUCACCAAGCUGCACUUAGGAAGCAACAAUCCGAGCGGAAGUUUCGCGGCUUCACUUGGGAAUCUUACAUAUUUGCAAGAGCUAGGACUGUCAUAUAACCAGUUGAAGGUAGACCUUCUGGACUCUGUCAUGGAUUCAUUUGCCAAUGCUUCAAAUCUUCAAAUACUUGAUCUUCCAGGUAACAAUUUUACUGGAAAUGUACCUGAGUGUCUAGGAAAGGAUUCAAGGGAACAAAUUGCAAACCUGGUGAACCAAAAUACACUUUACUUGCAAGAAAACCGUCUAACUGGUAGCAUUCCAGCAUCAAUAGGAAUCCUUUCCAACUUGGGAAAUCUCGACUUCGAUUCAAACAGAUUGACAGGCGAGAUCCCACCUCCAAUAGGCAACAUCACGAGACUGCUCUAUCUUUAUUUGUCUGGAAAUUCUUUAAAUGGAACCGUUCCUCCACCCCUUGGAAAUUGCAAGCAACUGUUGAGGCUUUAUACAGGUGAAAAUAAUCUAAGUGGCAUAAUUCCAUGGCAAUUGCCGAGUUUGUCAUUCCUAGCACAUGUAAAUAUCUCUUUUGACAAAGCACAUGCUAACAUCUCUUACAACUCUUUUAUGGGCUCCCUGCCAAUGGAGAUUGGAGAUACAACAAACCUUGCAGGUUUUAACCUUUCUUACAACAAUUUCCCAGGCAUGAUUCCAAGAAGACAUGCAAGACAAUUCAUUUGA